UGGUUACUCCUGAAGCUGUCACUGAACCAUCCAGUCCAUCUGAAUCAGUGUUUACUUCUGAACCAGUCACUGAACCAUCCACUCCAUCUGAAUCAAUGGUUACUUCUGAAUCAGUCACUGAACCCCCAACUCCAUCCGAAUCAUUGAUUACUUCCGAAGCUGUCACAGAACCAUCCACUCCAUCUGAAUCAGUGGUUACUUCUGAAGCUGUCAAUGAACCAUCUACGGCAUCUGAAUCAAUGGUUACUUCAGAGCCAGUCACUGAACCAUCCAGUCCUACUGAAUCCGUCGUUACUUCUGAACCAGUCCCUGAACCAUCUACUCCAUCUGAAUCUUUGGUUACUUCUGAAGCUGUCACAGAACCAUCGACUCCAUCUGAAUCAGUCAUUACUUCCGAACCAGUCACUGAACCAACAACCGCAUCUGAAACAAUGGUUACGUCUGAACCAGUCACUGAAUCACCCACUCCAUCUGAAUCAAUGGUUACUUCAGAGCCAGUCACUGAGCCAUCCAGUCCUACUGAAUCCAUCGUUACUUCUGAACCAGUCCCUGAACCAUCUACUCCAUCUGAAUCAGUGGUUAGUUCUGAAGCUGUCACAGAACCAUCGACUCCAUCUGAAUCAGUCAUUACUUCCGAACCAGUCACUGAACCAACAACCACAUCUGAAACACCAGUUGAAACUGAACCAGUCACUGAACCAUCCACUCCAUCUGAAUCAGUGGUUACUUCAGAGCCAGUCACUGAGCCAUCCAGUUCUACUGAAUCCGUCGUUACUUCUGAACCAGUCCCUGAACCAUCCACUCCAUCUGAAUCAUUGAUUACUUCCGAAGCUGUCACUGAACCAUCCACUCCAUCUGAAUCAGUGGUUACUUCUGAAGCUGUCAAUGAACUAUCGACUUCAUCUGAAUCAGUCAUUACUUCAGAGCCAGUCACUGAGCCAUCCAGUCCUACUGAAUCCGUCGUUACUUCUGAAACGGUCCCUGAACCAUCUACUCCAUCUGAAUCAGUGGUUACUUCUGAAGCUGUCAUAGAACCAUCAACUCCAUCUGAAUCAGUCAUUACUUCCGAACCAGUCCCUGAACCAACAACCACAUCUGAAACACCAGUUGAAACUGAACCAGUCACUGAACCAUCCACUCCAUCUGAAUCAGUGGUUACUUCUGAAGCUGUCACUGAACCAUCCACUCCAUCUGAAUUAAUGGUUACUUCUGAAUCAGUCACUGAACCCCCAACUCCAUCUGAAUCAUUGAUUACUUCCGAAGCUGUCACUGAACCAUCCACUCCAUCUGAAUCAGUGGUUACUUCAGAAGCUGUCAAUGAACCAUCCACUCCAUCUGAAUCAAUGGUUACUUCUGAACCAGUCACUGAACCACCCACUCCAUCUGAAUCAAUGGUUACUUCAGAGCCAGUCACUGAGCCAUCCAGUCCUACUGAAUCCGUCGUUACUUCUGAACCAGUCCCUGAACCAUCUACUCCAUCUGAAUCAGUGGUUACUUCUGAAGCUGUCACAGAACCAUCGACUCCAUCUGAAUCAGUCAUUACUUCCGAACCAGUCACUGAACCAACAACCGCAUCUGAAUCAAUGGUUACUUCUGAACCAGUCACUGAAUCACCCACUCCAUCUGAAUCAAUGAUUACUUCAGAGCCAGUCACUGAACCAUCUACUCCAUCUGAAUCAGUGGUUACUUCUGAAGCUGUCACAGAACCAUCGACUCCAUCUGAAUCAGUCAUUACUUCCGAACCAGUCACUGAACCAACAACCGCAUCUGAAUCAAUGGUUACGUUUGAACCAGUCACUGAAUCACCCACUCCAUCUGAAUCAAUGGUUACUUCAGAGCCAGUCACUGAGCCAUCCAGCCCUACUGAAUCCGUCGUUACUUCUGAACCAGUCCCUGAACCAUCUACUCCAUCUGAAUCAGUGGUUACUUCUGAAGCUGUCACAGAACCAUCGACUCCAUCUGAAUCAGUCAUUACUUCCGAACCACUCACUGAACCAACAACCACAUCUGAAACACCAGUUGAAACUGAACCAGUCACUGAACCAUCCACUCCAUCUGAAUCAGUGGUUACUUCAGAGCCAGUCACUGAGCCAUCCAGUUCUACUGAAUCCGUCGUUACUUCUGAACCAGUCCCUGAACCAUCUACUCCAUCUGAAUCAUUGAUUACUUCCGAAGCUGUCACUGAACCAUCCACUCCAUCUGAAUCAGUGGUUACUUCUGAAGCUGUCACAGAACCAUCGACUUCAUCUGAAUCAGUCAUUACUUCCGAACCAGUCACUGAACCAACAACCGCAUCUGAAUCAAUGGUUACUUCUGAACCAGUCACUGAAUCACCCACUCCAUCUGAAUCAAUGGUUACUUCAGAGCCAGUCACUGAGCCAUCCAGUCCUACUGAAUCCGUCGUUACUUCUGAACCAGUCACUGAACCAUCUACUCCAUCUGAAUCAGUGGUUACUUCUGAAGCUGUCAUAGAACCAUCGACUCCAUCUGAAUCAGUCAUUACUUCCGAACCAGUCACUGAACCAACAACCACAUCUGAAACACCAGUUGAAACUGAACCAGUCACUGAACCAUCCACUCCAUCUGAAUCAGUGGUUACUUCUGAAGCAGUCACUGAACCAUCCACUCCAUCUGAAUCAGUGUUUACUUCUGAACCAGUCACUGAACCAUCCACUCCAUCUGAAUCAAUGGUUACUUCUGAAUCAGUCACUGAACCCCCAACUCCAUCUGAAUCAUUGAUUACUUCCGAAGCUGUCACAGAACCAUCCACUCCAUCUGAAUCAGUGGUUACUUCUGAAGCUGUCACAGAACCAUCGACUCCAUCUGAAUCAGUCAUUACUUCCGAACCAGUCACUGAACCAACAACCGCAUCUGAAUCAAUGGUUACGUUUGAACCAGUCACUGAAUCACCCACUCCAUCUGAAUCAAUGGUUACUUCAGAGCCAGUCACUGAGCCAUCCAGCCCUACUGAAUCCGUCGUUACUUCUGAACCAGUCCCUGAACCAUCUACUCCAUCUGAAUCAGUGGUUACUUCUGAAGCUGUCACAGAACCAUCGACUCCAUCUGAAUCAGUCAUUACUUCCGAACCACUCACUGAACCAACAACCACAUCUGAAACACCAGUUGAAACUGAACCAGUCACUGAACCAUCCACUCCAUCUGAAUCAGUGGUUACUUCAGAGCCAGUCACUGAGCCAUCCAGUUCUACUGAAUCCGUCGUUACUUCUGAACCAGUCCCUGAACCAUCUACUCCAUCUGAAUCAUUGAUUACUUCCGAAGCUGUCACUGAACCAUCCACUCCAUCUGAAUCAGUGGUUACUUCUGAAGCUGUCACAGAACCAUCGACUUCAUCUGAAUCAGUCAUUACUUCCGAACCAGUCACUGAACCAACAACCGCAUCUGAAUCAAUGGUUACUUCUGAACCAGUCACUGAAUCACCCACUCCAUCUGAAUCAAUGGUUACUUCAGAGCCAGUCACUGAGCCAUCCAGUCCUACUGAAUCCGUCGUUACUUCUGAACCAGUCACUGAACCAUCUACUCCAUCUGAAUCAGUGGUUACUUCUGAAGCUGUCAUAGAACCAUCGACUCCAUCUGAAUCAGUCAUUACUUCCGAACCAGUCACUGAACCAACAACCACAUCUGAAACACCAGUUGAAACUGAACCAGUCACUGAACCAUCCACUCCAUCUGAAUCAGUGGUUACUUCUGAAGCAGUCACUGAACCAUCCACUCCAUCUGAAUCAGUGUUUACUUCUGAACCAGUCACUGAACCAUCCACUCCAUCUGAAUCAAUGGUUACUUCUGAAUCAGUCACUGAACCCCCAACUCCAUCUGAAUCAUUGAUUACUUCCGAAGCUGUCACAGAACCAUCCACUCCAUCUGAAUCAGUGGUUACUUCUGAAGCUGUCAAUGAACCAUCUACGGCAUCUGAAUCAGUGGUUACUUCAGAGCCAGUCACUGAACCAUCCAGUCCUACUGAAUCCGUCGUUACUUCUGAACCAGUCCCUGAACCAUCUACUCCAUCUGAAUCAAUGGUUACUUCUGAAGCUGUCACAGAACCAUCGACUCCAUCUGAAUCAGUCAUUACUUCCGAACCAGUCACUGAACCAACAACCGCAUCUGAAUCAAUGGUUACGUCUGAACCAGUCACUGAAUCACCCACUCCAUCUGAAUCAAUGGUUACUUCAGAGCCAGUCACUGAGCCAUCCAGUCCUACUGAAUCCAUCGUUACUUCUGAACCAGUCACUAAACCAUCUACUCCAUCUGAAUCAGUGGUUAGUUCUGAAGCUGUCACAGAACCAUCGACUCCAUCUGAAUCAGUCAUUACUUCCGAACCAGUCACUGAACCAACAACCACAUCUGAAACACCAGUUGAAACUGAACCAGUCACUGAACCAUCCACUCCAUCUGAAUCAGUGGUUACUUCAGAGCCAGUCACUAAGCCAUCCAGUUCUACUGAAUCCGUCGUUACUUCUGAACCAGUCCCUGAACCAUCCACUCCAUCUGAAUCAUUGAUUACUUCCGAAGCUGUCACUGAACCAUCCACUCCAUCUGAAUCAGUGGUUACUUCUGAAGCUGUCAAUGAACUAUCGACUUCAUCUGAAUCAGUCAUUACUUCAGAGCCAGUCACUGAGCCAUCCAGUCCUACUGAAUCCGUCGUUACUUCUGAACCGGUCCCUGAACCAUCUACUCCAUCUGAAUCAGUGGUUACUUCUGAAGCUGUCAUAGAACCAUCAACUCCAUCUGAAUCAGUCAUUACUUCCGAACCAGUCCCUGAACCAACAACCACAUCUGAAACACCAGUUGAAACUGAACCAGUCACUGAACCAUCCACUCCAUCUGAAUCAGUGGUUACUUCUGAAGCUGUCACUGAACCAUCCACUCCAUCUGAAUUAAUGGUUACUUCUGAAUCAGUCACUGAACCCCAACUCCAUCUGAAUCAUUGA